AUGCCCGAGCCCAAGGAUCGCCUAUCCCCAAUCAAAAAAGUCAAAGCCGCCCUCGUCCGAUCCCCCAUCAAAUCACCCACCACGACCGACAGGCUCAAUUUUGCCGCCUCUGGCGCCGAGAAGCUCAAUUCUCGAAUGAUGGAAGACAUAUACUUCACCGACCCCAAAUCGCGCGAGAGCCUGAGCACCAACCCGGGGGACACGGCCAAGCACCUGGCAGAACGCAAACGGUGCACGACGGACAACUGGAAGGCCGAGAUUGAGCGGCGGAUCGUCGCCGAGUCCAAGAUGGUCGACCACGCGUACGGUGACCAGAACCCGUUCCGGAAUCAGGCUUAUGGGCAUGGCGACGGGCAGAAAUGA